CGGGGCUGCCAAGAGGGUGAGAACAGAGAGGAUGGGAGGACGAGGGAGGGAGCGGGCGCACGAGUAACUGGAUGGCUGAUGAGUGUAACGAGAGGCUCACGAGCAUCAACGAGCCAGCCAGAAGAGCGUUGUUCAUCGAUUCGACGGACAAAUCACGAUAGGCUAUGAACGAUAGCCAGUCCAAUAUAACGACGACGUAAGCAGCCGGUAUCUGAGUAUAUCCACAAUCCUGAUCAAAAGUACAUUUUCGAAUAACGAUGGCUGGUGAGAGAAGUCUCGAGCUGAAAAAUCGCGAUGCGCCAAUGUCGAUAACCCUAUCGACGGAAGUCGAUGGAAAGGAGUACCCGUUGCCGCUUCGGGGAAGAAUGCCGCAUCUACGAAGACAAAGCACAUCCCUGACUGCUAUUAUGAACCACCGACGGGGACUCCUUGGGGCAUUGAUUUCGGGGAUAGGCAGCAACAUGUCGUUGCCCUCGUGCAUCCCUCAAGACCAAGAAUUCUCAUCGGCGCAAACGGCAUGCAAGACGCCGAUGCUCAACAACCAGAAUCAUUCGGAGAAAAACGAUCACGAGACACAGAAGCAGCGACCCAAUUUUCUGCAAUUGUCGCCUGUGAACGCGGCUUACGUGCCUAUGAAUGCUCUGGACCCAGCGAGAGCCAAGCAACAGAUGCUGGAUCAGCGACCGAAAUCGGUGAAGAAGAUGAAGUAUCAUCCGGAAAUGGUAUCCAUCGUGAGCACCCUUUACGCGAACUUGUUGAUCGUUAUCGGUAUCGCUGUUCCCGUCACGGCCAGCGUGACGGAAAGAGUUCCGGCGUCUUUGAAUCAGGGAUUUUACUUGUACUUGUACGUGGUCAGCGUCACAUUCGUGAUCGCCAUGUACGUGACCGUGUGGAGGGACAAGACCGUGAGGAAUUCGACUCAAAAGGACAAGAACGAGCAGAGUUUCAAGUUCGACGAGAAAGGCGACCGCGUGAACGUUUGUCAGACGCAACAGUACGGCAGCUUUUGUCUGAGGCUAGGCGCAGUGGGAUUUGGCGCCGGCUCGCUGGUAUUUACGGGAUUGCAAAUUGGGGCGGAAAUAGCUUCCGGUCCGUUCAGGGCUAUUACACCGGGUGCCAGGCUCCUAUUGGUCACGGCCCAGAUGCAUUUCAUAUUUCUCAACAGCAAGAGUCUCAGCCUGGCGAAGCACACCGCACUCGCCAAAGUGGGCCUGAUGCACAUGAUCGCGACCAAUCUUUGCGAAUGGCUGCAGGCGUUGGUCGAGGAGACGCAACACGAAAUCGAUCAGCUGGGCCACACGCACGACGAUGAGGACGGUAUACUGAAGUCGCUGCUGAGAGACGCCAGUCCGUUCCUUUUCCCGUGCACAAUUGAAUUCAGUUUAAUUUGCGCGGUGAUACUGUUCGAGAUGUGGAAGAGGGUGGAAGAGAAGAUCGAUGCGAAGAGCGAGAGCUCGGCGAGGUCUUCGUAUCACCUUAGCAUAGAUUGCAGCAGCUCUCACAGGGGUCUAUUCGGGGGGAUCCUGGUCGUCGCCGCAACGAUACUGAGCUUGAUCAUGUUUUUCGUCCUGAAGGAGGCCAAGAUGAAGAUCGCGAUAGUCCAGGUGACCGCGCUAGACGGCAGCAUACUUCUUUUAGGCAUGGUCGCCUCGGUUGCUGCAACUUUGAAACUGCAGGCUUUCCAACAGAAGAUCGUCAAGCCGUCGGAUUUGGAUACCACUUUGUUGGCCGCGGCUCAAGCUGGGGUCUAUCUACAUUGUCUGUUCGGAGUCGUAGGUGAUAUAUUAACGAUGGGACCGACUUGGACGCUGUCUUUAAUCACAGACCUGUUGGCCCUCAUACAAAGCACCAGUCAAACGUUACUUAUUAAAAUCGCGUGGGGGAGGCGUUGCUCCAGGAACGAUAAACCUGGGAAGGAGUUAAUCACGUUCCUAAUAGUCGUUAACAUUGCUUUAUGGACGGUGAAUACUCUGGAGAAAUCCCGUGCUGGGGUUCGUCCAGAUCACUUGGCAUUCUUUGGCGUCUGGGCAUGGACGAUCAUAACACACGUGUCUAUGCCGUUGGCUAUAUUCUACCGAUUUCAUUCUGCUAUAUGUCUGUUCGAGAUAUGGAAAACUUGUUACAAGUGCAGAUCAAGCAGUGUCGUUCAAACACCCUACUGACUGGAUUGAUGUCCCUCGAUCGGUAGAGGCAAGUUUAAUCUAACGAGACUGUUGGGUUAAAUAAAAAGGCAAAAAUACGUCACGUGUUGACUGUUCCUUCCGCGAGAU